GGACCAUCGCAACUAACUUGCCCCCUUAAUCUUCCUUUCUCUCCCCACCUCUAUUUCAUCAACUCCAAAUCUCAGCCAGGACACUCCGAGUCUUGCCAUCCCGAGGCAUUAGCUGAGGCAAUGGCAUCCCACGAUCCUGAAUACAGUGAAUACAUCGCAGCUGAGGAUUCCACCUCUUCCGGCGCUGAUGAUUCCGACUAUGCCUCUGGAAGCGAAGACUCCACGCAGUCGCUUCUUUCCAACGAUAUCACGCAUACAAGGAAGGGGCAUACGCUUUGCCUAAUGAUGAGGCAUGACCCGCUCACAAUCUAUUCUCCCACGAAAUCUGUGAAUUGCAUGAUAACUGUUUUUGGGAAUUGCCCCCUACUUCGUGACCAUAGGUUGAACAAGACCGGUAUGGCAGGCACCUCCCCGAGUUCUAUGAGUAAAGGAGAAUCGCCAGAAUUAAGGAUUCUGGAUAUGACCCAUCAUCUCUACUUGCUUAUGACCGGUGGAUCCCUCUUUGCCGCACCCCUUGAUGAGAAGAACCCUCCUCAGCGCAUAUUGGAUAUUGGUACAGGGACCGGAAUAUGGGCCGUUGAUAUAGCAGAACAGUUCCCCUCAGCAGAAGUAAUCGCAACAGACCUGAGUCCCAUUCAGCCAAAUUGGGUACCACCAAACCUGAGAUUCGAAAUCGACGACGCGCAGGAUGAUUGGACUUGGGGCGAUGAGACCUUUGACUACAUACAUGUCCGAGGGCUUCUCGGUUCAAUCAAAGAUUGGGACAGACUACUACGGCAGGCUUUUACUCACCUCAAACCUGGCGGGUGGCUCGAGGCUGUGGAGCAUGACUACGUCAUUCGAAGUGACGACGGUACUUAUCCUGAGGACUGCGCCAUUCGCCGGUGGUUCGAUCUUAUGAACGAAGCAGCGGACAAAGCCGGCAGGACCCUAUCAAAGAUCGAGAGCAUCAAUGAUUCGUUCCGGACGGUGGGGUUCGAGAAUGUAGCCGAGACGAGACACAAGGUGCCAUGGGGGACGUGGCCAAAGGAGCGCAAAAAGAAGGAGCUAGGCGCCUGGAUUCUAAUGAUUACCGAGAGUGGGUUCGAGAGUUUUGGAAUGGCCCUGAUGACCCGCACCUUGGGAAUGACACCCAGUGACGUCUCUGUGUUGUGCGAGAAGGCUUUCGCCGAACUGAAAUCCAAAAAGUUUCAUAUUUACAACUAUCAUCACUUCCUCAUAGGACAAAAGCCCUUGUAAAUUUUUCAACUUUGAACUUUGGCUCUAGGAUCGUAGAUCCCGAUCGCGGUAUAACUAGCAUGUUACCCCCUUUGUUGGAAAGUAAAAAAAAAAAAAAAAA